UAUGCUUUAUAAUUCUAUUUCUUUUCUUGUUUCAGACCUAAAAAUAGGAUUUCUGCGAAAAAAUUGCCGUUUGGUUGUUAGAAAAAUCUCUAGUGCGAAAUGGAUGACGAAGUUCCCACCAACAACAACUGGUUAAACGCUUACUAUGAUCCAGUUGCUGGUAUCUAUACCUUCCCAUCAUGCAUUGCACUCGCUGAUUUAAACAGCGAUGGUGACAAUAAGUUGGUGAUUGCUGAUUUGGGGUCUGGGCUUUAUAAAAUGACGCUGAAGGUUUUUCAAGGCACAUCUGUAGUGCAAGAAAACGCUCUGCUUGAUUUACCGACAGGUAUUGUGAGUGUUUACAUGGAUAAUAUGGAACCACGAACUCCGGGUAUUGUAGUGGCUUCAGGCUCUUGUUUGUUUGUUUAUAAAAACAUGAGGCCUUAUUACAAGUACCCGCUACCACUGUUGCCGGUUAACGAGGCCGAAAAAAGUUUGUGGAACGCUGUAAGGAAUGGAGACGUGGUGGCUGAUGCCCUUACUGCAGCACUCAGCAGUUUAAAAGAUGAGAUAUAUGCUUCUGCACUUACAAGUCAAACCUUGAGGUUCCUGCAGUUGGAGUCAAGAGAUGAAGCUGAAGCUUUUAUUGAGAGUCAUAAAAACGUAGGGCUGAAACGAGAAACGGUCGUCACGUGUCUUGCAACCAUGAAGAAAUCUGUGGCAGAGGAAGACGCGAUAUCUUGUCUUGUGGCCGGCACAGAACACAAAGAGAUUCAAAUCAUUGAUUCAGAAGCCUUCACUCAGCUUAAGAGUUAUAAUCUACCUUCUAUACCAGUGUUUAUUAAUGUGUCUGGUUUGUACGAUGUGGAUUUCCGUCUUUUUGUUGCUUGUCGUGACGGAAAAAUCUACGCACUUAAGAAAGAUUCAACAGAAUAUCGUGUUUGUAUUGAGUUAGGUUCACAAGUAGUUGGAAUGGAAAGAAUCCACAAACAUAUGGUUGUUGCCACCAUGGAUAAAGCCGUAUCAUGCUACACUACUAAAGGCAAGAAGCUUUGGAGUCUAGAGCUGCCAGCGAAUAUUGUUUGCACCGGCAUUAUGGACCAGAAAGCGAAAGGGUUCAAAGCUCUCAUGGUUGGCCUUGAUAAUAAUGAGAUUCGAAUUUACAAGGAUAAGAAUCUGGUCGAUACCUUAACAUUGAAUGAUCGGCCACAAGCAAUUUGCUACGGUCGAUAUGGGAGAGAGGAUAGCACGUUAGUGUCUGUCACUUCUUCAGGUGCACUGAACGUACACAUAUUGAAACGCACAGCUGAAUACUCUGAACAAAGUGGGAAUCAAGGGCAACUUAACCCACAAAAAACAAAACUCAAUAUUCCAAAGAAAACUCAACUAUUUGUAGAUCAAACUGUUCGUGAGAGGGAACAUGGGACGGAAAUGUUUCAAAGUUUUCAGCACGAUCUUCAACUAAUAAGACUUCAAGCUGCAAAGACUUACAUUCAUGGCCUCAAUUCAAGCAUUACACCCAUCUCUGAUGACCCUGAUAUACCACUUAAGCUUAACGCUACAGUACAAGGCAUUGGGCCUGUGUUUCAGAUGAUGGUCACUGUUGAAAACACCGCCAGUUCAACUGCAUCUGACCCUAAACUUGUAUCAGAUUUGAAAAUGAUGUUCAAGUUUUCUGACAAAGUCUACACAGCAACACCCCGUAUAUUCAGCCUGCCUCCCUUGGUGCCUGGCAUUCCAUAUAGAUUCCCAAUUCGUAUUGAAUGUAUUGCAACAGACCAACCAGCCCAAGACACAGUCACAGCUGUGGUGUUCACACGUAGCAAACCUAAACCAAUUGUAACAGCCAAUAUAUCUAUGCCUGUAUCAGAAGGUGUGGUGGUUGUGUAGUAAGGGGCAAUCAAGAACCACACCACUAAGCAGAGACUAACACACUUGAUUUUAUUGAGGGCAAAAUCUUUCACUCCUAUUACAAUCACAGAUGUAAUAAAUGAAUAUGUUUUGCUCUGUUGGCAUGGUACAUAUUUUUUGGCUUCUACCAAUGAGUUACAGCAGUGAUACAACCUGACAGCCAUAAAAUAUUCUAACUUUAGAACCAUGUGAUUGAACCGGAAUCUCAUAUUAUUACAAAUUUUCCCUUUUAGAGUCGAAACGACCUGUACCCACAGAUUUUACCAGAAACUUGUUUAAAUUUCCCACCCUUGCUUUAUUUAUUAUAAAUUAAAUUUGGGCGUUUACCUGCCCCAAAGCAUUAAUGUCACCUUAACUAACACUGUGCAAAAUAUGUUUCAUAUAGUUUGUAUUAUUGGGUUUGUAAUACAGUUUCAUAAAGUAAUUGUUUGUAUCUGUAAUUUGUGCUACUUUUUUAUACUUUAUAAGAUAUGUAAAUUACUUAUGUUAGUUCAUUGUGCUAUACUACUCUGCUUAUUUUAUAGUUUUUCUGUUUUCAUUACGGUAUCCCAUUCUGAGGUACACGCAAUUUAUGUUAAACACCAUCUUGUUUGUAAAACAUCAUCAUAUAACAAUAACAUGUGGUAUUUUAUUUUAUACAA